AUGAUGAACCUAGCCCAACCGUCUCCAUACCUCAGCACUCUCCCUUCGCGAACGUUGGAACGGAAGUUCACAUUUCCGGACUCGGUACCGGAACUGCCAGAUAUUGUACUGGCUGAAUCAGCGGACGAAAAAUCGAGCAACUCCCUCCCCGUGGAAAGCGAAGACUCUCAAACAACGGUGCAAGAAAGUAGCAACACUGCCCAGGCCUCACCCUCAAUAGAUGGCGACGAUACGGCUAUCCCGUUCGCGGCGUCGGAUGGCUCGAGAAUGAGCCAUACUUGGGAUAGAAAUCGAUGGAAUAUGAAGGGGGAGAGGACAUUGAUUGGGAAAGGAAGGUUUGGAGAGGUACGACGCGGAAAUUACUUUGGAGAUGUAGCUGUAAAGUUCCUAAAUAUGGAGCAUGUGGAUGAAAUGAAACGACUAGAAGAAUUUAAAAAGGAAGUAGCCAAUUUUAAGAGCGUCCGUCACGACAAUAUCGUCAUGUUUAUGGGCUUUUGCUUUGACGAGCAUUCGUUAGGAAUCGUGACCGGAUUGUGCAAUAUGCAGAGGAUGAGCUAUCCACCAAGAAAAUUUGGAAUCCUCACCCCUUCCUACUGGCUACCGUAUCUGGCUCCUGAAUUAAUUCGCGAAAUUUCCGGAGAUUAUCGAGAAUUGUCAUUUUCUGAGCAAAGCGACGUAUUUGCAUUUGGAACAAUUUGGUUCGAGCUGGUGAAGGGGAAAAUCCCGUGGAAGGGCUACCACCCAGAUCUUAUCGUGUGGAGGGUGGGCAACGGAUGCAAGCCGCCACUCGAGCAGAUCGUCCCCACCAAUGACCUUGCGGAAAUUCUCUGUCGAUGCUGGAAGUUCAAUCCCUUCGAUAGGCCGUCAUUUCCGGAGAUUGUUGGGCAGUUACAGGCGAUUCCGAAGGUCACCUUUGAACGCAGUCCCUCCCACCCUGGGCUCCGCAGUUUUGAGAGUAUUAUU